CGGUGAUUCCUUCUUGGGGCCGUCAGAUUUAUUGUGGGUUGGUAGCCUAAACCCCAUUUCACCGCUAGUUAUUGCUAAUAAACUCACGUUUCUUCACUUCCUAAUUCUACCAGACAAACCAACAGAAUGGCUUCUUCGGAGCGGCGACUGUCUACGGGAGGGACACCACCAUACAAAGUAUUCAUCCAAAAACCCAGUCAUAGCGAAUUCAGGGACCACACAGGUCGCCAUUACAACGUCGUCACUAGUCGAGCUGGCCCCAACGCGGCCAUCGUGAAACUAGGCAUUCAGUUGUAUUGCUUGGGGGAACCGGAGUUUAAUCCUCAGGACAUGGGUUCUUCUCUGUUGAACUCCGACGCCGUUGAGGGCUGGGGUAAUGCUCGUAAUCAUUGGCCGCGCGUUGAUGUACACACGGGAUUUGACACCGUGGAGGAAUGCAUAGAGCACCACCGCCGUGAGAAAGCGUUCCGCAAAGAGGCUGUCAAGAAGAUGAAAGACCAUGCAGUGGCUGGAUUGUUGGAAGCCGAGGCAAAAGAAAAACUGGCCGCAGAGAUCCAAGGAAAGGAGCCUCUUCCCCAUAUCGUGCCGUCUUGGUGUGAAUCGGCUAAGUUCGUUGAGAAUAGGUGGAGCCUUGGAGAUCGUUACAAGAGCUGGAUCUUCGUCAUACCAGCUGAACGAUCCUCGUGGGAAGAUGUCAUCGAUCAUGGGCUACUCCAAGUCAAGUUCGAUCUGGACGUCUCUCCCGCCAUGUUUUACUCAGAGUCACCGACGUUUAGCCUUACUCGAGAGGGAGAACACGGUUGGAUUAUUCUGGAGAAGACCGGCGUUGAAACCCUCAAGCCAGUUGAGAUUCUACACCUCUGCGCUAGAGAAGAGCGCGGUACAUCGGAAAGUACCCCGGGGAGCGAUAGGACGCUGUUUGGUGCUUGGUGUGAUGCGACAAUGCAGCUUCGAGACUGUACUUAUAAGCCGACGGGAUGCAAGAGUUGUCGUACGGAUGAGCCACAUGAUUUCUGUGAGGAGGAGAUGGAUGAGCACUAUAACGAUGAGGAUGGACAAUGUGUUGCCUGUAGAAGGGAAGAAGAGGAGGAGAAACGGCGGAGGGAGCAACAGAAUGAUCAGCCUAAAUGA